GGAUGCAUCGUUUCGCGCUUGGUCGUGCUCUGGUCGUGAAGAUGGCCUAGUGGAUUAGGUGAAAAAUGCUUUCUAUCAUUUGUGAUUCGCGUUCGCUAUGUGUGGUGUGAGUGUUUUUUUUUGGGGAAAAGGAUGCAAUUGACAAAGCUUUACUAAAGAAUGUCAUCUACAUGAUGUGAACGGCAGUGGUCUUUCGUGCUAGUGGCAGUUAGUAGUAGUAGGCUGUGUUCAACCCUCGUAAAAAGGGAGCUCUCGUCAGGGAAACUGAAUCCAGGCUGUACAGUCUAUUGUUUGCCUUGCUCUCUCUAUCUCUCUCUCUCUCGGGAGCACCUUAAAUUGGGGUCGAAAAGUUUCAUGAUCGAUAAAACCGAAAUGAAGACGAGCAGUAGCGAGUGUGACAUUUCGUAAUCGUUGUCUAGAGUCUGUGCACCCGAGAGGGUCGCGCCUGUGUUGUGUGCUGUUGAUGUUGUAUGUCGCAGGAACAGUGCAAGAUGAAGAUACUGGGCAGAGGAGCAUAGAGCUGUCCGCACAUCCUCCUACGCACCCCCCCCCACCGCUCCCAGACGUGAUAUGUUCGAGGGGCGACAACGGCGGCCAUAGCGGUUUCUAUGAUUCAGUCGCACUACGAGUCUAUCACAAUAGCACCCCCGUGCGCGGAAAGCAUGUUAGCGAGAGCGAGAUAGCCCCUUAGUAACCGAGCAUCUUAGAGCAUCGGAUGCAUGCCGUUCGUCGCAACUAGUCACAUGAACUAAGCAGUUGGGUGAUAAAAAGGUGCGUGCUGUGCAUGCAUUGACUACACGGAAAACAUCAUGAGUGCCACCGGACUAUCGCAGCAGUUCUGUGUUCGAUGGAACAGCCAUCUGGGCAGCUUAGGAGCAGCCUUUCCACAGCUAUUAGCCGGCCAAAGGUUCGUUGAUGUAACGCUGGCCUGUGAGGGCCACCAAGUCCACUGUCACCGUUUGGUGCUGGCCGCAUGUUCCACAUAUUUCGAAAAUUUGCUCGGCGAAAAUCCCUGCAAACAUCCAAUAAUCAUACUACCGCGGGACAUUAAAUUAUGGGCCAUACAGGCGCUGGUGGAUUUUAUGUACAAAGGAGAAGUGAACGUAUCUCAGGCCGGACUACCAGAUCUGAUGAAAUGUGCCGAAAUUUUAAAAAUACGCGGCCUGUGCGGAUCCGAUGCAGCGUUAAACCUGAACCAAAUACACAACCCACCUGCGGGCGGAGGAAACAACAGCUACCAACCACAGCGACAUCACAGUGCCAGCAGUGAUGCAGGUGACCCGGUGGAAUACAACCGCGAAACGAAUCGACAUGGCGGUAGCCAAUUCCAAAAUGCAAGAUUGCAGCAAAGUAAUGCGGCUAGUGGACCAAAGAGACAGCUUUUGAAUAGCUUAAACCUGCAGCCUAUUGAUUCGGGUAGUCAUCACCAACAUCACCACCACCAACAGACUGAGGAUGGUUGUCAUAGUGAUAACGGGGAAAGUGGCAAUGAAAUGUGCAUAAAAACCGAAGAUUUAAUUAUCGAUGACGAUGACACAAGCAGACAAUGUGGUGAUGAAGACCUGGAAAUGGACACUAGUGACAAAGGUGCUUCUGACGCGAUUCGCUGCGAGCAGUUCCUCGGCGUUCAUGCAUUGGAUGCAGAGGAUAAUAGAGUGAACGAUCGGGUUGGAAGUGAUUCGAUGCGGGACCGAAUGGAGGAAGAGAUGGAGGAGGGAGAAAAAAUGAUCGGUGAUCGACGGAUGAUGAUGGAAAGGUCAGAACAAUCCCAAAAUCAUACCGAUCGCCACGAUUUCGAUCCGGACGAUUACGACACGUUCGCUCGCGAGAACGAAGGUGAUGUUGAUGAUGAUGAUGUUGAUAAUGAUCUGAUGGAGGUAAGAGAAGAGACAGAAAAAUCGCUGGCUACACCGGCAGGUGCCAAUAGGAUGGAAAUGCGAAGAAAAGCAAAGAAAGGUAGCGCCACCGUGCAUCAUUCCACUAAAAACAACGAACUAUUAGUACCGGACAGUUCCUCUGCUCGCACCAUUUCCGCUUCCUCCAUGGUGUCGUCGUACAGUAAUAGUGCCAAUAAAUCUGGACAACCGUUUCAACCGAAUGCCGUGGAAGGUGCACAGCGAGCGAAUGGCGCACGUUCGAUCGGUACCGUGCCAUCACUUUCUUCCAUAAGCCCGCCGUCGCGAACGGUUCCUAGUGGUUCCAGGGGUUCGAUCCGUGUGAAAUCUAUUGAGAAUCUCUUUGAAAGUUAUCAAGCCAAACAAUCACCAAACAAGUCUUCCCGUGAAAAGAGAAAGCUCACGCCACAGUCCUCGGUGGUUGUGCUGGGCUGUAGCGGUGCCAAUAUCAGUGAGAACGAUAGUGCCAGUGAACAACAUGCCAGUGGUAUUGCUUCCUCGCUGAUCUACAACCGGAAUGAAAUGGAUAUUUACGUUAAACCCCAGCAGCAGCAGCAGCGAAUUCUUAAAGCUACCGAGCGCCAUCCGAAUGCUGAAGGUAUCGGUGAUGAAACGAAUGCUUCCACGGUAAGCGAAGGUGAUGGGUACGAAAAUAUAAUAUGUUCGCCCAACUUUCCUCAACUGAAUGAAGUCGUCGGUGGUGGAUAUAAGGCGGAAGAGGACGACGACGAAGAAGAGUAUGGGGAUGAGUACGCUAUACAGCUGUUGGCAGAAGAGAUCGAUAGCAGUAUGCUUGCAAACGGAGGCGAAAGCGAAGGUGAUGAAAUCCUAUACAAACCACCUCCACUAAUGGCCAUCGGUGCUGGUACAAAGGGAUCCCACUCCGGUGGCAGCUGUACCAAUAGCAAAACUUCUGCCUUGCGAACGUAUGGAAGAACCGGAGCGAUGGGUAAUGGAACCGGAGCUACCUCGACGUUAACGAUUCGCAAAAUCGAGCGGGAAGCACGCGGAAAUCUUAGCGUUUCGCAAACAAACAGUUUGACCCGCUCGGUGACUCGACGUCCCAGAUUAACUGGCCGCUCGAAGGAGGCGUUGCAUCAGUUGCUAAACACAAACGGAACGCCACCACCGAUCGCUUUCACACUGCGCAAUCCGCGGGGCAAUCAACCACGCACAUACAAUACCGAAGCACUGUGGGCCGCCCUGAUGGACGUGAAGGCUGGUGAAAGCAUCUAUCGCGCAUCACAAAUGCACAAAGUUCCUCGGAAAACGUUACGGAAUUGGAUGAAGCGUUGGGACAUAAAGUCCGCUUACCCGAUGCCAAGGCAACUGAAGGAAGCGGCCGAAAAGAAGCGCAUUAUAAAAGAACUGACAAGCCAAAUACAAUAGCAGGAGCAGCAACAGCAACGGUUGCAGCAGCUGCAACUCGGGCAGCAAAUGCAACCGACGCAACCAUUGAUAUACCAAACGGACGAUAACGUGUUGAUACAGUCCAACUUCCACUUUGCUAAUUCCGCUAGUGCUGUUGUCGUACCACAAGCAGCAGCAGCAGCAGCAGCAGCAUCACUCUCGACCGUUGCCAAUACUACUAUACCAAUAACUUGGGGAUAGGAAACCCAUUAAGGAAGAAAAGUGUGUGGAAAGUAGGGUUUUUAGAAUCAGCCAAAAGAAGAAAAAAAGAAACGAAACAACAAAACAAGCCAACAAGAACGUAAAAAGCGUGUAGCAAUAGUUGAAAAAAAAACACACACACACACAAAUUAUAGAUAUAUACAAUAAGAAGAUAAAUGUACGUACGAAUUGAAAUAAUGUUACACUGCGAUGUGCUAAAAGACAUUGCGCAGGGAUGGAAAGAGUUGCCAAGAUAAAGAUAGUGAACCAGGGAAAUGAAUAGUAAGAGUAUAGAUAUAUAUACAUUUUAUUAUUAUUUUAUAAAUUAUAUUUUACAGCGGUGAUAAGCAUAGAAUUUAUCAUCAUUCACUUUCGCAGAAAAGAUGAGUCAACCAUUAACACGAAAGGGGGGGCAGUAGCAGCAGCCAUACACAACAGCAUGCAGGGCAACUUACUUCCUUGAACCAAUAACACUCCAUUUACCCAUUAUUUUGGGUGGUAAAACAUGAUAUAUGGCGUACCAUCGUACCAUGAAUUUUAUUAGUCAUUAGUACCCAUCACUUUUAACCAAACAGUUUGGUAUUAUUUUCUUACCCUAAUCGUAUGGGUAAGCGUUUGCUUUUGGUUAAUAUUGAGUUCGAGUCCUUUUAAGCUGCCGCACGCACUGCAUAUGACAAGCGAAACGUAAUACGGAGACAGAAUGAUUUGUAUUUCGUGAAGUUGUGUAUACUAACGGCCAAAGUAGACGAAGAGUAACGGGUUAGCAUAGAUUGGGUUAAAUAAGUCUUGAAAUCGAAAGUUAUACUUUACAAUCCGCUUGAAUCUAAAACAAAUGGGUGCAAGUGACGGUUUUUUUUUCUAGUCAUCGUCUGUUUCUUAAGCAGAUAGUUUGAAUUUGUUUUGUUUAUUUCAGACCAGAGUAUAGGUUAACCAUUAUAUGUGCUUAAAGAUUUACUAUUUUGUUCGUUUUUUUUUUUUGUUAUUUGUUUUUUAUGCGAUGAAAUCAGUGGCAAUAUAAUUUAGAGGAAGAAGGUAUAGGCUUACAUCAAUAUAAGUAAAUAUUUAGUUUGGUUGUGAUGGACUUUGUUCAAAGUGAGCUGCUCGGUGAAUCUGUUCCAAUACUUAUGUUCAGUUACCAGUAGAUUCUCUCGAUUUAUAUUCCUUAUAUGAAUUAUUACUUUUUACAUUGGAAAUCUAUAUUUAUUGUCGUACCGCAAGGGUAACGCACGCCAAGCCAAAUCUCAACAUUUGAAACGAAAUUGAACCGAAUACUAGUAAAAUAGGUUUUUAAUUGCCGUCGUACUUAGGUAAUAGUUGUGCCGAUAAAUUAGUUAUAUGCUAGUGUGUACCAAUCUAUUUGUAGCUGUCAUCAGGCGCCACUCGUUGGAGUAUUGCUCUCAUUAUCCUUUCUAUACCACUUUGUAACCCGUUUGGCGAAUGUGUUUAUUUCUUGCCCAUGUCCCAUAUGCAAGGGACAAUGCAGGGCCUGUACUACAGUGCAUAGGCGAUAGCGAAACCGGAAUGGUGAAUAAUGUUGAGUGAAUCCUCUCCUAUUUUUACAAGGGGGUCUUUGAGAAAUCGUCUAGCGACAAACAGAUGGAACUUAUGACAGGAUAUACCGAAUAUAUUGUGCAUACACAAAAUCCAAACAAAGAAAAUGCCAGUAAACAUAUUUAUAACAACGA